CUCUCUGUCUCCCCAUCCCUGGUGGUUCUGUUCCUUGGUGUAAGUUUCCACCACCUUUAUCUUGUGUUGAUUAAAAACAGCCUCAGCUUUUCGGACACCUCCAGUACGGCCUCUGUGCCUCCUCCAACCUAGGCGUGAAUUUCCUCUUGUCACCGUCUCACUCAAAACCGAAGUGUGACCGAACGCACGCACGCGCAUGCGCACACCAUUGUCCGAAGGAUUAAAAAGCUCGGAAUCCCCAGGGCUCUUCCAUGGUACAGUGAGGUCCCACCAACUCUUCGUGUCCUUUCCUCCUUACUUCUCCUUGGCACAACCACUUGCAUUUCCCCAUGCUCUCCCCUCUUAUACCCCCUCCCGUGCUGUUCUCUCGGCCUGUAGCGCUUCUCCAUCCCCAAGUCCGUAGCCACUGCUUGGUCUGGCCGAUUCCUACUCCUCCUUUAGGAUGCUUCAUCUAGGAAGCCGCUCCAGGCUGGCGCUUCUUCCCGUUGUGGUUAUCAGCGUCCACGUGCUAAGCAAAGUAGGGGACACCCGGCUGCUGGUGGCUGAGUGUCCUCCGGGCUUCCAAGUGCGUGAGGCUAUCUGGCGAUCUCUCUGGCCAUCAGAGGAGCUCCUGGCCACAUUUUUCCGGGGUUCCUUGGAAACUCUGUACCACUCUCGUUUCCUGGGUCGAGUCCAGCUGUAUGACAACCUCAGCCUGGAGCUUGGGCCCCUGAAAACUGGAGACAGCGGCAAUUUCUCUGUGCUGAUGGUGGAUACAGGAGGUCAAACCUGGACCCAGACCCUGUAUCUCAAGGUGUACGAUGCAGUACCCAAGCCCGAGGUUCAAGUGUUCACUGCUGCAACAGAGGAGGCUCAACCCCUCAAUACCUGCCAGGUCUUCUUGUCCUGCUGGGCCCCCAACGUCAGUGACAUAACCUACAGCUGGCGACGGGAGGGGACGGUGGACUUCAAUGGGGAAGUGUUCAGCCGUUUCUCAAAUGGACAGGUGUUAAGUGUCUCACUCGGACUGGGGGACAAGGAUGUGGCCUUUACCUGCAUCGCUUCCAACCCUGUCAGCCGGGCUAUGGCUGCAGUCACCCCCUGGGAGAGCUGCCAUCACGAAGCAGCCUCUGGGAAGGCCUCCUACAAGGAUGUGCUCCUGAUAGUUGUGCCGAUUACACUCUUCCUGGUUUUGGCCGGUCUCUUUGGGGCAUGGCAUCAUGGCCUCUGCUCAGGGAAGAGGAAGGAUGCGUGCACUGACAGAGUGCUUCCAGAGACAGAGAAUGCCCUCGCAUAGAGGAUGUCAUGAGGGACAACAUAAACUGGUGUUUGGACCAUGAAGAGAUGCCCUGCCCAGCCACAUGAUGCUCCACACCUGGAUCCUCAUAACUUCCACAAGUUGGCCUGCCUCUAGUGGACACAACCCUGGCCCAAACUUCCUCCCUCCUCCAUCCUGUUUGCACAUGCCGGAUCCUCUCUGGGCAAGGUAGACUAGUAGGAUGCUUCCUUCACAAGCACCGGACUUUCUCUAGGAUCCACAGGGACCUCGAUUAUCCAGGGCAUCCAUUCUUCUACCACUGUACAUAAGGUCUUGCCCAAUAACCACCAAGGGACUGCCUCUGGGCCAGGACCUGAGCGCGAAGAGAGAUCAGAGGUUUGAACUAACAAGGAAAUUGAGCUAACCAUUGCCAACUCCAACUCCACACCCCUGGAGUCUGAGGUCCUUGUGUUCAAGAUGUUAUUAUAAGAAAAGUCAAAGAACAGGGAAAGAUAAAGGACAGGGUUUCCUCUUUCUGGCCUAGAAGACUUUAAGGUCAACUGAGUUAAAGGGUCCUCAAAGGUAAAUCGAGGUGACAGAUGAUGAGGGAUAGCUAAUGUACCACAUUGGGAACGAAGCCAUUUUUCUGGUAGCACCAUAUUAAUAGACAUCUUUGUUGCCAUUAAUUCUUGUGUCGCCUGCAUUAUCUGGGGUGGUGUUUCAGGCUUUCUCCAUACAUAGUUGCCAGAAAAAAAAAAUACAGAAAGUUUAACCCAGCCAGCAGGAAAUUCUUCCACAACAUCAAGAGAAACAGUUACGUUCAGGAUAAGUCUGUCUUCCUGAAACUGGGAGAAUGAAGAGCCACAAAAAGCUACACAGGGGGCUGGAGAGAUGGCUUAGCAGUUAAGAGCACUGACUACUCUUCCAGAGGUCCUGAGUUCAA